AGGUUUUGGCCGUUUUAACUUUAAGGUUAUGUUUAAUUUCAGUUUACACAUACAGUAGGGAGUAGGCCUACAAACGAAACAAGUACACUGAACUGACUGUAGGCCAGGCUACUGUCUGCUAUCGUUCUUUCUUGUCUCUGUCACUGACACUUUCACGGUCAACUGUCAAGUCAGUGUUAGAUCACACUAGUAGUAUAGUUAGUUAUUAGUUUUACUAAGUUUUUUUUUUAUUUAGGUGUUCUUUCUUUAUCGUGGUCUUCUGUUUACACUUAACGUUGACCUAGGCCAAUACCUUCCAUCCCUAUUAGGCACCUAACUUUCACAUCCCACAUUUAAAUCAUCUUCAGAAUAGGUCUAAUAUGUUGUCAGUUCCAGAAGAUAAAAUAAAUGCAAUUGGUCGUGUUCUGAACGACCCAAAAAGGCCUCUAAAGGAAAGAUUCAGAGCAUUAUUCACGUUAAAGAAUAUUGGAGGAAACACUUCAAUAGGUUAUAUUAAAGAUUGUUUUAUGGACCCAUCGGCACUUCUAAAACAUGAAUUAGCAUAUUGUCUUGGGCAAAUGCGAGAUAAGGAAGCUUUACCAAUUUUGCUACAGAUACUUGAAGAUAAAUCUCAAGAAGCUAUUGUAAGACAUGAAGCAGCUGAAGCUGUUGGAGCGAUAGCACCAAUUGGAGAUAACCAAAUCAGAGAAACUUUAAAAAAAUAUAGUCAAGAUACUGUUGUAGAAGUGGCAGAAACAUGCCAGCUUGCCCUUCAAAGGAUAAGUUGGUUUGAGAAAAACUGUGAUAAUGACUGUGUAUCUCCCUACAACUCUGUGGAUCCAACACCACCGAGUCAAGAGGAGGAUGUAACUCGUUUGAGAGCAAUCUUAUUGGAUGAAAACGAGAGUCUGUUUGAAAGAUAUCGAGCCAUGUUUGCGUUGAGAAACCUCAAUUCAGAUGCAAGCAUCUCGGCCUUAUGUGAUGGCCUGAAGAGUGGAGGUGCCCUGAUGAGACAUGAGGUAGCGUUUGUGUUGGGACAAGUGGCAUCUCCCAGUAGUGUAACUGCUCUGACUGCAGCACUAGGAGACUCAUCACAGCAUGAAAUGGUGAGACAUGAGUGUGCUGAGGCUCUAGGGGCUGUGGCCUCGGAUGAAUGCUUCACAAUCCUCAGACAAUACUUAACCGAUGAGAAGCGAGUCGUUCGAGAGAGUUGUGAAAUUGCUCUGGACAUGUGCGAGUAUGAAAACAGCCCCGAGUUCCAAUAUGCUAACACACUACUAAAGGUUUGACAAAUCAAACAUACAAAUUGUAUACUUUUUUUGUUCAAAUAAAAACAUUUUUAAAAUAAAAGCUUUUUACACUUUA